AUGCAUUUUUCUGACGUUGUGCAUACUCCCGCUUCGGCGUGCGAGUCCCUGCCUUCUGAGCAUACUCCCGCUUCGGCGUGCGAGUCCCUGCCUUCUGAGCAUACUGCCGCUUCGGCGUGUCAGUCCCUGCAUGAGCAAACGGCCACUUCGGUGCGCGCGUCCCUGCAUGAAAACGCGGUCGAGGACACACCCAUUGACGAGGAUGUCCAGAUGGAGGAGCCGUCGUAUGACGAUGAGCUCGCCAACUUAAUGGCUUCCCUGACUUUGGGGAUGGACGCUUCCGCGUGGUAUGAAGAUGAUUCUUCUGCCAUUCAAAACCCAUACGCUUUGCAAACUCACGCUUCGGCAUACGAGUCCCUGCACCAAGAGCAUACUCCCGCUUCGGCGUGCGAGUCCCUGCCUGAAGAGCAAACCACCACUUCGGUGCGUGCGUCCCUGCCAAUUGACAACACGGUUGAGGAUACACUGAUUCACGAGGAUGUGCAAAUGGAGGAGUCGUGCGACUCUAUGUCGCAAGACGCUCAAUUUUCCAACCCAAUGCCUUCUCUCGCUUCGGUUGUGGACGCUCCCGUGGGGCCAGCUCAGGAUGAUUCCUUUGCAGUGCCUGUCCCGAUGAGACAAUACAGAUCUGCGCAAGCCGCUUCUGCAAGUGUGCCUCUGCCAGAUGACGAUGAUGAACCCGCAGCCGGCGAGGAUACACUUGAGGCUGGCGUUGUGCAAGCGGAUGAUGCGCUGUUUAUCGGCAAUCAACCCGUGUUUAUGCCUUCUGCCGCUACGCGUGAGGACACUCCUGCUGUGCAGCCAAAUGAUGAGGGUAUUGCCUCCUUUUGGUUUGAAAUCUUACAACGGGCAACGGUGCUCGACGAAGAGGUCUCUGACCUCUUGAGUGCCGCAAAUCCCGACAUUCCUGCCACGACCAUUACUUCCGCCACUAUCACCACACAACCUGCCACGGCAACCGCCGUUGGAUCCGCCCCUCUGUCUCCGCCCUCCCCCUCCGGUGAUGUUGAUGUAGAUGCCGUCCGUUUUCAGCUUCAAGCCGAAGCGGACGAGGAUAAUGCGUGGUUCGACGAGUUGAUCGGUGUUUUGUCGUGUCGUGUUACUGCUAUCUGUGCUGCUGUCUUUGUUGUGGCAGAUACUUUCAUGUCUGUCUUUGGACGCGAGUCCGUGUAG